AUGCCAUAUUGGCAUCACUUUCUCUCCUCAGACAGUAGACAGCUCCGCCUGGUUAAUGGGGAUAGUCCCUGUGCUGGAAGAGUGGAGAUCCUUCACCAGAGCUCCUGGGGCACCAUCUGUGAUGACAGCUGGGACCUGAAUGAUGCCCAUGUGGUGUGCAGACAGCUGGGCUGUGGAGAAGCUCUUCGUGCCUUGACCGUGGCUUUCUUUGGGAAAGGGUCAGACUCCAUCUGGCUGGACAACGUGAACUGCACAGGACAGGAGUCCCAUGUGUGGGAGUGCCCUUCCCUGGGCUGGGGGAAGCAUGACUGCGAUCACAGAGAGGAUGCAGGAGUCAUUUGCUCAGGAUUUGUGCAUCUGGUCAGAGGGGAUGGACCCUGCUCAGGGCAAGUAGAAGUACGUUCUGGUGGAGACUGGACUCCAGUGUCUGACAGGAACUUUAAGUUUCCCACUGCCCACGUCAUCUGUGCAGAGCUGCAGUGCGGCAAGGCUGUGUCUGUCCUGGUGGAUGUGCCCUUCAGAAAGUCAGGUGGACGGGUUUGGGCUGAAGAGUUCAGGUGUGAGGGGCAAGAGACAAGCCUCUGGUUCUGCCCUAGAGUGCCCUGUCCCAGAGGCACUUGUCAGCACAGUGGAACUGUUCAAGUUGUGUGUUCAGCAUACACAGAAGUCCGGCUCAUGAAAAAUGGCACCUCUCAGUGUGUGGGACAAGUGGAGAUAAAUGUUUCUGAAGAAUGGAGAGUGCUCUGUGCUUCCCAUUGGACUAUGGCCAACGCCAAUGUCGUCUGUCGUCAGCUCGGCUGUGGAGUUGCCAUCUCUACCCCAAAAGGAGCAUACUUUGUGGAAGGAGAUGAUCAGAUCUGGAAAGCCCAAUUUCACUGCUCAGGGGCUGAGUCCUUCUUAUGGAAUUGCCCUAUGACUGCCCUGGGCAUUCCUGACUGUACCCGUGGAAACACAGCCUCUGUCAUCUGCUCAGGAAAACAGACCCAGGUGCUGCCCCAGUGUGAUGACUCCAUGUCUGAACCAGCAGGUUCUGCAGCCUCAGAGGAGAGCACUGCCAACUGCUCAGAGAGCAGACAACUCCGUCUGGUGAAUGGUGGUAAUCGCUGUUCUGGCAGAGUGGAGAUCCUUCACCAGGGCUCCUGGGGCACCAUCUGUGAUGACAGCUGGGACCUGAACGAUGCCCACGUGGUGUGCAGACAGCUGGGCUGUGGAGAAGCUCUCAAUGCCACGGCCUUUGCUCACUUCGGGCAGGGAUCAGACCCCAUCUGGCUGGAUGAUGUGAACUGCACGGGAAAGGAGUCCCACCUGUGGAAGUGCCCUUCCCGGGGCUGGGGGCAGCACGAUUGCUGGCACAAGGAGGACGCAGGGGUCAUCUGCUCAGAGUUCCUGGCCCUUAGGAUGGUGAGCGACGACCAGGAGUGUGCUGGCUGGCUGGAAGUUUUCUACAACAGGACCUGGGGCAGUGUCUGCCACAGCCCCAUGGAAGCCAUGACCUUGUCCACAAUCUGCAGACAGCUUGGCUGUGGGGACAGUGGGACCCUUAACUCUUCUGUUGAUUUUAGGGAAGGUUCUAGACCCCGGUGGGUGGAUGGAAUCCAGUGUCGGAAAACUGAUCUCUCUCUCUGGCAAUGUCCUUCUGACCCUUGGAAAAACAGUUCAUGUUCUUCAAAGGAGGAAGCUUAUAUCUCGUGUGCAGGAAUGAGACCCAAGAGCUGUCCAAGGGCUGCCCCCUGCAUAGACAAAGAGAAGCUCCGACUCAGGGGAGGAGACACUGAGUGCUCAGGGCGAGUGGAGGUUUGGCACAAUGGCUCCUGGGGAACGGUGUGUGACGACUCCUGGAGCCUGGCAGAGGCCGAGGUGGUGUGUCAGCAGCUGGGCUGUGGCUCUGCUCUGGAAGCCCUGCAGGAGGCAGCGUUUGGCCCAGGAAAUGGGCACAUCUGGUUGGACCAGGUGCAGUGCAGCGGCAAGGAGUCCUCCCUGUGGGCCUGUGCUACAGAGCCCUGGGAGCAGAGCAACUGCAAGCAUGAGGAGGAUGCUGGCGUGAGGUGCUCAGGUAAGAGAACAACAGUUCUCCCCACUCGUGGAAGUACCAAUUCUGGCUCAGCUCCAGUCCCUGGCAUCUUCUCCCUACCUGAGAUCCUCUGUGUCAUGUUGAGUGCCCUUCUCUUCCUAGUCCUUAUUAUCCUGGGGAUUCAACUACACAGAUGGAGAGGAGAGCACCCAGCCUUACCUGCUUUUGAAGGUGCUGUUGAUGAGGCCUUGUACCAGGAGAUUGAUUACCUAGAGAAGGAGGACCUGUUGGACAGCCCAGAGUCUCCAGGUCAGCAUGUCAAUGGCACAGGUAAUGAUUAUGAUGAUGUUGAAGAGUUGCCUGUUCCUGAAAUUCCUUCUCUUCCUGAGAUGAGGGAGAUUUAUUCUUUUCCAGAGGAGGAAGGUGGUGCCAGGCAUUACCAGACAGGCAUCUUUCUUCAGUCUCCUAGAGAAGCUAUCAACUGUGGCAUGGGAGAGAAAGGAUCCUCAUUGGUCCUAAGCCAAGACCCUGGGUAUGACGAUGUUGAGCUUAGCAGCAUGUAGUUGCCAUUUUUGGUGCAAGUAUCUUUUCAAAGAACCCUUCUGUAAUAUUGUUUCUCAAAUAAAUGAGAAUUCUGUCUUCUUCAC